CGCAAACAAACAUUCCAGGAGAGUUGACUGGGUGGGCCCGAUCGGGCGUGUAUACGGCUACUCUAUAUUUAUAACAAUGAACUAGUCGGGUUGUGUACGUAACAUAUGGCCCUUGUCGGCGAUGAUCCGAAAUUGUUGAGGACACUCAUCCCACCGCCCCCAUCAGCCCAUCAGCCCAUCAGCUAACUAGUUUCUGGGUGUAGUGGGGUGAAGGGGAGUGAAGUGUACACGUAGUGCAGUGUGCGGUGGGCGAGUCAGGGGCUCUCCGUCAUGGAAUUUGUAUCCAGCUCCACGGUCCAAUCGGGGCCAGCCUCGUCCAUGGAGGCGUCCGUAUCGGGCUUGAGUGUGAAGCCGGUGAUUUUGUUCAACUUGCGGACCGGCAAACCCUUUCAGGUCCCCGAAAAGGACCUCUAUGGGACGUGUCGAUCCGUGGCCGAAUUUGAGAAACUCAACCGAGUGGGCGAAGGCACUUACGGCAUCGUGUACCGGGCCUUGGACACCCGAUCAGGUGAGAUCGUGGCCUUGAAACGCAUGCGCAUGAUUGAGGAGAAAGAUGGCAUGCCGGUGUCGGGAUUGCGGGAGAUCUCCAUCCUGUUGAAAUGUGAUCAUACCAAUAUCGUCAAAUUGCGUGAAAUCGCCGUAGGUCGAAAUCUAGACAGCAUCUUUCUCGUGAUGAAUUAUUGCGAACAGGAUUUGGCCUCGCUUUUAGACAACAUGCAGACGCCCUUUUCCGAGGCUCAGGUCAAGUGCAUCAUGCUCCAAGUGAUCAGAGGUUUGCGGUAUCUCCACAGCCGAUUCAUCGUUCACCGGGAUCUUAAAGUGUCCAACUUACUUAUGACCGACAAGGGCUGUGUCAAAGUGGCCGAUUUCGGUCUGGCUCGCUGGUUCGGGAUCCCAUCGAAGCCCAUGACCCCCAAGGUGGUCACACUCUGGUAUCGGGCCCCGGAAUUGUUGCUCAACUCGAAUACCCACACGACAGCCAUUGAUAUGUGGUCUUGCGGGUGCAUUUUUGGCGAAUUGCUCGCUCACAAACCGCUGCUAGCCGGGCGGUCCGAGAUUCAUCAGCUGGAAUUGAUCAUUGACUUGCUGGGCACGCCCAACGAUCUUAUUUGGCCCGAUUUCUCCACCCUACCCAUCUUACAAGAAUUCACGCUGAAGCAACAACCUUACAACAAUCUCAAACAGAAGUUCUCAUGGCUCAGUGCGGCUGGGCUAAGGCUGCUCAACUUUAUGUUCAUGUACGAUCCCCUAAAACGUGCCACGGCCGAUGAGUGCCUCCAGUCGGGUUACUUCCAAGAGUCACCCCUACCAUGCGAUCCGAAUCUAAUGCCGUCAUUCCCGCAACAUCGAAACUUGUCUAGCAAGGCGUCGAUACCGGACGUACCGAGUGAAAUGGCCAAAUCUGGGGCACCAUCCAUGAUUCCCUCGUUUCAGAAUCCAGUAGAUUCGCGUUCUAAUCGAGGCCGGUCCUCGCGUGCGUUUGACCAAUUUCUUCGGAAAUGAAGUUGCAAGUUGACGGGUGAAAGGACUUGCGUACGAUGGUAGAAAAUGAGUCGUAUGUUGGUUGUUAAGUAGUCAAAAAAAAGAAGAAUACAUUCGAUAUUGAGUUUCGUUUUUCAA